GGGGCUGCCUCUUCCCCUCCAGCUUCAUCUAUACGCUUCCUUUGCAUGCCUAUUGACAAUUACUUUACAGGUUAACGUUGAGUUGACCUCAUCCAGAAUCAAGAAGGAUAUAUUCUAGUUGCAUUGAAGGAAGCAGCCCGUUUGAUGUUCUGCAUGCGGCAUAAGUUCUCCUUUCUUGCGUGCUACUGAAGGCGGACUGAAUCUCUAAUUAAAAGAGAUACACUGAAACUCUAUCAAAAGCAAUUCCAAGGACCAUCAGGCCUACCAUGCCUCCAUCAUUCCUAGGCCUUGAGGGUCUUCACGUCUUCGUCGCUGGUGCCGCAGGAGAUAUCGGUAGGCGAGCGGUGCAGGAAUUCCUAGACCAAGGAUGCAAAGUCACGGCGUUUGAUCUUCACAAUGUGGAAAUCCCCGAAGCAAACAGAAACGAUGUGCAUCCUAGACUUCACAUCCUCAAGGGCGAUGAUACAAAAGAGGAAUCCAUUCAAUCAUGCAUUUCCCAAGCCAGCCAACGCCUCGGCCCCAUCAGUGUCCUCGUUGUCAAUUCCAUAACCAGUGGACAAGGAAAUGACCUCCCCAUUUGGGAUCUUGCACUGGACACCUGGGAGAGAACGUCCCGUGCCAAUCUACGGGGAACCUUCCUCACGAUCAAGCACUUCUUGCGAGCUGCACAAACAGCCCAGCAGUCUGCCGGCAAGCAGCUAGAAAACCUUGCUAUUGUUGUGGCAGGAGGCGAGACACCUGUACAGGCUAAAUUGUACACUGAGUUGGCCCAGAGGGUGAAGAACGAUAUAGUCCGUCUCAACAGCCAGGCGAGAAUCAACAUCAUUGCCCCGGUUGAACCCGCAGCAGGGACACAAGCAGACUCAAUUCCCCGAACUAUAGCGUUCCUAUCCUCCCACCGCGCGGCCGGACACCUUACAGGCCAAUGCCUCAACCUGAGUAACAAUACGCAAAGCGAAUCUACCUCAACCAGCCUUACCCCGUCCAUCCCCAGAUCCCUCACCAGAGUCAGCAAAAAAAUCCGCGUCGCCAUAAGCAUCGACCUUGACGCCGUCUCCGGCUGGCUCGGCACCGGCAAAAGCCCAGACAACAUCCUAGCCGACUACUCAGCGGGCUUCUUCGGCGCGAAAGUCGGCGUUCCGCGUCUUCUGAACAUGCUCAAGAAGCUCAAUCUCGCAGACCGGUGCACGUGGUUUGUCCCGGGCCACUCUGCCGAGAGUUUCCCGGACGAAGUACAACAAGUAGUCGACUCCGGCUGCGAAAUAGCACUGCACGGCUACGCCCACGAAGGUGCCUACCAAAUGACGCCGGAACAAGAGCGCGACGUCCUAGUCAAGUGCAUCGAGAUUGCCAAGAAACUCACGGGAAAGAAACCAGUUGGCUAUCGAGCUCCCCUAUACCAGCUCCGUGAAUCAACUCUAGAUCUAUUGGAAGAAUUCGGCUUCGAAUAUGACUCCUCCAUUACCGAGCACGACAGCUACCCCAUCUUCGCCCCCCGCCGCCCAGCCAUCGAACCCAUCGACUUUUCCAAGCCCGCCGCAAGCUGGAUGAAGCCCCUCCCAGCUUCCUCAGACCGACGCCCUCUCGUUUGUGUCCCUUGCAACUGGUACAUGGAAGACAUGACGCCAAUGCAGUUUCUUCCUCAUGUACCGAACUCACAUGGCUACACGGACGCGCGGGUCAUGGAGAAUAUGUGGAAAGAUCGAUUCCUGUGGAUCAGAGAGAACGAGGAGGAGCCGCUGUUCCCUAUUCUCAUGCAUCCGGAUACGAGUGGCAUGGUGCAUGUGAUCGGGAUGCAGGAACGGUUUUUGAAUUGGUUGAAGAGCUGGGGGGAUGAGGUGGAGUUUUGUCAAACGGUGGAGGUGGCCAAGUGGUUUAGGGAGAAGGAGAUGGGGAAAUCUGCCUAGGUAAUAAGUGAUGAGACCUGGUUUGACUUAUGAGCUCGGAAACUAGUAGCAUUGCGCUGGUACUCUACUCAGAUACUAAAAAAGGGUUUGUUCAUUUGCUUACGUCUACAUACUAUAAAGAGUAGAAUAUUGGAGUGAUUAGUUUAUUUAAGACAUGAGAAUGUGACAUUCAGUCCAAUCUAUCAUAAUUACUAUACACACAAGUGCAAAGAAAAAUGUGCAUGCAUGUAUGCC